GAGUGAAUGAGAGAGGGAGAAAGAGAGGGAUAGUGAGCGAGAGAGUGAACGGGAGUGAGGACAUUGUGAGAUAAAAGGAGAGUGCUAAAGAGAGACAGAGAACGGAAGAGAACUGAGGCUUCUAACGGUAGGGAGUUUGAUGCAGCGGUUGGGGUUUAUUCGCGGUGAAUUUUCUGUCCGGAGUGGUGCGUGAAGGCAUGUUGCUAAUCGGCUCAACAGUGAGUAGAGGUACAGAACCGCACCAAAAGUCUGAGUGUGAGUAAAAAAGAAGAGCGUGAGAGACUGAGAACGAAGGCGGGGGGGGGAUUGAGAUUUAGUGCACUGCUGGGUGAAACAACCCCCCACUAACGAAGGGGAAAGCAAUAGAAGAAAAGGAAAGAAAUACAAAAGGCAAACGGCGUUUCGGUCAUCUGUUUUUUUUCCCAACAAUGAGCUCAGAAAAGGGGUCUUCAGUCUGCUGUUGUAAAGCCUAAUACCCUCAGAUACAGGGGAGGAGACUACAAUACAGAAACAUUCUGAAAGACCAUGUCUCGUUCAGACGAGGUCAACAAGAUGACAGAAAACGUGUAUAAGGGGAUUCUGGACCAGUUCAACCCCAGUCUGAAGAACUUUGUGACCAUGGGGAAACACUAUGAGAAAGCCCUGACAGGAGUGACGGUAGCAGCCAAGGGAUACUUCGAUGGUCUGGUCAAACUGGGAGAACUGGCCAGCGACAGCCAAGGGUCCAAAGAACUGGGAGACACAUUAUUCCAGAUGGCCGAGGUGCACAGGCAGAUUCAGGUUCAACUGGAGGACGUGUUGAAGCUGUUCCAUUCUGAGCUGCUGUCCCAGUUGGAGCAGAAGCUGGAGUUGGACAUUAAAUAUCUUACCGCCACGUUGAAGAAAUAUCAGAGUGAGCGCAAGUCGAAGUCGGAAUCUAUCGAGCGCUGCCAAUCACAGCUCAAGAAGCUGCGCAGGAAGAGCCAGGGCAGUCGCCACCCCAACAAGUAUGGAGAUAGGGAGAUGCAGUAUGUGGAGCUAAUGAGUCGUCGUCAGGCUGAGUUGGACACGCUGGUUGCUGUGGGUUACCGCUCGGCGCUGACGGAGGAGAGGAGACGAUACUGCUUCCUGGUGGACCGCCAGUGUUCCGUUACCAAGCUGCUCAUCAACUAUCACUGCAAGGUGAGAGAGCUCCUGUCACAGAAGCUGUCCUCAUGGCAACAGUCAUGCUCCCAGCCAACCAGACUACCUGAACGGGCCCUCAACCUGCUGCGUCACACCGCCCCUCAGGGCUCUGGGGCAUCUGGGAUAGCUGAGCUCCUCCGACAUGCCAAGCUGGGCGCUGCACAGCCAGAACAGAGGCUGUCAGUACAGGAGGUGCCUCCCUUGUUGAAUGGUGGCUCCCAGCAGCAGAGACCCAUCCCCUCUUCUUCCCAGAGUGACAUCCCCCCUCCCCAACAUUCCCCCGGACCCCAGACCUUCCGCUCCCUCGCUGCCACUGGAGGGGCUAUUGGAGGGAGUGGGGCAGGCUCCCCUCAGCAGACCAGCACGCCUAUUAGUGUCUCAGCUAGCCCCAAUGCUAACAACAACACAAGUGCAAAUGCUAUCACUAUUGCUAACACUCCCACCACUUCAUCCACCUCCUCCACGGUUGGCUCCAGCCAAGCCCAGCAGACCUCUCUUCUCAUGGCCACCAGCACCUCCAGCCUUUCUCCGAGUCUGAUUCCCUCCACUGUGCUUUCUCUCAGCCAGGGUUCCCCAUCCUACUCCUCCCUACAGGGCCUGGCCCUGCCGUUGUCCCUCAGUGCCCCUCACAGUCCUCCACUACCCCACAGUGCACCUCUCUCCAGAGCCAUAACCCCCUCGCUGCAUCACCAGGGAGUGCUAGGAGGAGGGAACACACCAUUGCUGUCCCAUAAUCCCAUGCUGAUGAAGGCAGCGGAGAUGUAUGGAACGUCUACGCUGCCGUUGCCUAGGAAACCAGUCAGCGAGGCCCGGGUGGGAGGGUUUAUGGGUUCCACUCUGCCCAGAGACAGAGUUCUCCCUCUCUCCAGCCCGUCUCGUGUGGAAGCCAUGUUUGCCCACGCUCCUGGGGGUUCAGAGGGCAGUGGAGUGGGCGGGGCCUGCUUACUUCACUUCCUGCCAGGCGACGCUCUCAGCCUCCUCAUCUCUGAGCCCAGAGACGGGUGGCACUAUGGUCAGAACGAACGGACGGGACGGAAAGGCUGGUUCCCGUUCUCCUACACUCAACCCUACCCCAACACCUUGGAUCCCCUCGACAGCAGCUCCCCGCACCUCUCUAAGGUCAACAGUACCAGUACGGGUCAGUUAGAUAAGCUGGUCUCUCCUGGCCUGCCUGCCCUGACCCCUGAGUCCGAGGAGGAGCGCUCAUUCCCCCCUCAGAGGGUCAGCACCUUCCGUCCGCGCCCAUACAGCAUGGCCGACUCCAACCAGGUCAGCCUGAGGUCGAAGGUCAGAGGUGAAGGGGUAGAGUGGGCAGGGCCCCCUGACCGACCGGCUCUGUCAAUGCUGAUGCAAGAGCUCUCCUCAGACUUCACCUCUCCUCCACCCUCCCCAACCUGGACCAACCCAUUUGCCCAUGUCCGGCUCAGAAAGACGGUGACCAACGAUCGCUCUGCACCCAUCAUCGAAUAGGACAUGGUCUCCUUGAACAGGCAUCCAAUGGGGAGGUGUUAAUAGGAAACAUUCAUGUGUAUUGAAUUUGUUUUCAGAGUCCAGUAACUGUGUCGCCUUAACAGGCGAUGGUUUUGGGGAGGAGAUCCUCCCAGCGAGUAUCAGUUUAGCUAGCUAACUUGUAACUUGUAACUAGUAACUAGUUAGGUAAACCUUUCUGUUCGUGUUGGUUAUUUACAAGUGCUUAUUAGAUGUGUAUUAAUCAGGCCUAAGUCAAAAUACAGACACUUAUGUUGUGUUAUUUUGAAGAUAGAAGAAUCAAAGCUGUAAUUUGAGUGACAUAACAGUGAUUGUCAAAGACCCUUUGGACAAAAUGAGAUCUUGAAUAAAAAUCCACCAUAGUAUUUGAGAAUUAAAGAUGAGUGUGGGAGUUGGAAUUUAAAAAGCUCUGUGAUGUUAGUAAAAAUACAAACAGAUGACGGCCAUUUUCUCGGCAUGUCCAACAUUAACAUUUGAGCCCUGGGCAUUACUGAUAAUUUUAUAAUGUUCUUUUCAUUUUACAACACUUUUCUAGAAGUAACCUUGGUAGAAAAUGUUUAUGUUUUUUCUGAUUCCUGGUAGCAGCCUGUAGUUUGGUAAUAGUUUAAUGAAUUAUAGCAUACUUUACUUGUACCAUUAGGAAUUGUCUUAAAGGACAGGCUCCUGUUUUAUCAGUAUUUUCAUCGAGGAGGUUUUUUGAGAAGAGUUAUGCAGAGAUAUGUGUGUAGGAUCCAGGAAAAUCCAAACAUGUUGAAGAAUUGUCUUUUUUUUUCAUUGUUGGGAUUCAAUUAGAGUAUGUUUAAACACAUUGUAUUUUCACGAUAGAUUCAGACCUACCAAUCACUUGUUGAUUUAUCACAUUUGUACAACUUAAUUGACAUGUUCUCUGUAUGGAGAUUUAAAGAAAAGUGUAUUGAUGUUGCUUACUGAUGUCAUCAGCACAAUGCUGGGUAGGAAAUAGCUCAACACCAAUAUUUGUUUUAAUAAUAAUUUGUUUUAAUGUGCGGUAGUUUUUGUAUAAGGAAUUACAUUUUUAAGAUUAACUGAUCAAUUUACAAAGGCAAUUGAUAUGAUAUGUUAUACACAGAAAUAUGUUGCAUUGCAAAGCUAUAGCUGCUAGUUUGGGAUGUGUAGAUUGUAUUGAGCGUUUACCUUCAAGAGUCUCUGUUAUCGACAGAAACGUAUUAAUAGAAGUAAGAAGGAGCAACCGUACAGAUGUAGGAUCUUUAUUUGAUCACUCUUUUGUUGGUGAGAAUGUUCCUGCAUAGCAGGAAAUGCAAACUUGUAGUGUAUUUUAGUGUUAGACACACUUUAGAAGCCUUUUUAUCAACCCCUACAAAAAUGUAGAUUCCUUUACAUUUCUUGUUGCUGCAGGAUGAUUUUCCUGCAACUGGCUAAAAUGAAGAUCUUACAUCUGUAACAAUGCAUCCCUGUGGGGUGAACUCUACUUCUAUUUGUAUUGGACAGGUAGAAGAGGAAAGAAACAGUGGAGGGUUUGGAGGAGGGGUUUUCCUGGACAGUAGGUUUGAGAAAUUGGCAUUGUGUUGAGGGAUAAAAGUAUAAGAAAAGAGAUGGAUUCAGCUGGUUUGUUUUUACUGGUGUCUUCUCGAUUGAUUUCGAAUUCCACUCCAACAGAUUGUUCACAUCUAGCAGAUUUUAGCUGCACGUUUACCAAUUGCAAACUGUACAGAACCUUAUUUAAAGGGCGAAGACUGAUGUGUUUAUGAAGUCUAACUUUGAAAGUGUUGAGGAAAGUAUUUGGAAAGUGGAACAGUGUGUGAGCAAGUGUCAAUGGUAAACUAGAUGUAGAAAGUAGUAUUUUUCUCUCACUUUCUCCAUGUCUGGUGUCUCUCUAGACUGUCAUCUGGUAUCUCGCUAGUGUCUCUGUCAUCUAGAAAACUGCAGUUGAGAGAUUCAGGGUGGAAAUAUGUGGCUGGAAAAUGGAGUUUCUCUGUAUGCUCUUUAUUCUGAUUUCCGGCCCUUACAGUGUAUAGUUCCUCCUCUCCUCAUGUUUCUGUAUCGUAUUCAUUUGCAUCUCUAACCUAGCCUGUGAAAUGAUUGACUUUCUUGCUAUGAUAAUUCUAACACACAAUAAAAAAACAUUGAUGUUGAUUUAAAUACUGAGUAUAGUGGAAUUACAUAGUUGACGUUUACUUAUGUUUGUACAAAUUGCAACAAAAAAAGAAGUUUUUGAUCUUGUUUAACUUUGUUAUUCCUUAACCUUGCACCUUUUCUUUUCACCGUCCUAACCUUCUUCAAAUAUGACCUUUCAAUGUCAAUCUAGCUAUAUGAGAAUGGGAUCCAGUUGUAAAAGGGAAAAAAAAUGAUGCUGUGGUGACUAUUCAGGAUCUUAUAUUCCGGAUGCCUCUGUUAGUAGGAUUGUCUUCAAUACGUGUUUAAGAAGGAAACAUUUGCCUCUGCCCCUACUUUUAUUUCCGUCUUUUAAUUUGUUUUGUUACUUCAUCUGUAGCUUUUUUCUCUUUAAAACAGCAUUGCCUUUCCGAGACACACAACAAUCAUGGUCACAGUAUAAAACCUUACAAAUACACACACAUUCCUGAUGCCACUGUUAUUGUAUUUCUUUCAAAUGAAUACUUCAAUAAACAUGUUAAUCACUAUA